UCUAAAAUCUAAAAGAACUGAAUAGUAUUACUAGGGGAAUUGACAGAGCCAUAUACUAUAUUGAAAUGCAGUUCCAGCCUGCAAGCCUUCAAUAAUGAAAAGAAACAAAUACUUUUAAAAAGGCCAGCAGAAAGAUCAAAGCUCAAGUAAUGGAUGCAAAUACGGUGGAGGAUAUUACAAAAAGGAAACAGAAGGCUACUAUGGUGGGCUAAGCAUUACCUUAACUGCAAGAGGCUGAAGCACUUCAGCUGCAAGGUUUUUGCUGGAAGAUUGUUGCAGGCACAGAGGAAGAAACAGGAACCUAACAGUUGGUCAUAGUAAGAUUCAUUUUCCUGCUCCUAAGACCAUGGCUUUCAUCUCCCAGAAGAAUGACACUGCAGGAAGCUACAUGGAAUUCAGAGAAGAUUUUUUCUUUCCUCUCAAUGACAGCAUGGCAGCAGACAUGUUCAACCAUUCCUUACAAUUACCAACACUGACCAUUUCAGGUGUGAUUAGAGUGGCCAUCACCUUUUUCCUCAUGAUCCUCUCCAUUGCAGGCAACAUACAUUUCCUGGUGAAGCUAACCAAACAGCAUCAGAAAAAGGGAUCACGGCUCAAGUUACUACUCAAGAACCUCAUAGCAGCCAACUUGCUGCAGACUCUGAUUGUUAUGCCAAUGGAUGGCACCUGGAACAUCACAGUCCAAUGGUAUGGUGGUGAAUUCCUUUGUAAGGUCCUAAACUUUUUCAAACUCUUCUCCAUGUACUGCCCUGCCUUCAUGGUAGUGGUGAUCAGUGUGGAUCGAUGUCUGGCGAUUACUAAACCCUUGAAAAGUGCAACUGGAUGUGUCAACACUGGGAAGUGUAUGAUCACGAUAGCUUGGUUCUUCAGCGUGGUCUUGGCUUUACCUCAGCUAUUCCUCUUCAAAAUGGUCCAUUACUCAGAACCGUACCCCUUCUCGCAGUGUGCGACCCUUGAAAGCUUUCAUGGAGAGCUGGACCAGAAACUUUACAACCUCUUCACCUUUGGAUUUCUAUUUGUUAUCCCUCUGUUCAUCAUGCUGAUCUGCAAUUCCAGAAUAAUCAUCACUGUGACAAGCAUCCUGAACCCAAAAGAUAACCAGAUGAAGCUGAACCGAUCCAGCAAUACCUUAUCAUCAGCUCGCAAGAAAACAAUAAAAAUGACAAUAGCGUUUACCUCUUCAUUCAUGAUCUGCUGGACUCCAUACUACUUGAUGGGAAUUUGGUAUUGGUUUGAUCGUGACCUGCAUCACAAGUUACCUGAUCCUGUCAAUCACUUUUUAUUUCUUUUUGGGUUGCUAAAUCCUUGCUUUGAUCCAUUAAUAUAUGGGUAUUUUUCUCUUUAAUGUGCGUGUAAAUGUGACAUUUGUCUUUUAAUGAUAUAUUGUUAACCACUUCAACUUUUAUUGCUUUCAGUUUCUGUGCAGUUCAGUUCUAUUUCUCUGCUCAAUCACACAGCCCUAGCAACAUUGUGAUGUCCAUGGCACACAGACCAAUACUGUUGUGGUAAUGUCCCAGCAUGCACGCUAUGAGUUAUGGGAUUUUUGGUUGAUGUACCAGCCAGAUUGUGAUAGUCCUGCACUUCUGUAGUCCGUGUUGUGACAACAAUCUUCUCACAUAAAGUUCAUGUAUUGAUGGUUAAUGCACACAAUUAAUUAGUCAUAGAUGUCUACAGCAUGAAAGCAGGUCCUUCAGCCCAACUUAACCACACUGCCCAGUUUUCACAAU